UCUUUCUCCCCUAAUAAAUCGUGCAUCGUGACGUAUAAUUCAAGCGACGCAAAUUCUAAUGAUAUGAAAAACCGACGUAGUUCUCGUCGGACGGAUUGUUUGUAUUCCGGGCUGUUGGAUAUCAAUGCUGCGUUUCGUUUCUGCCUGGUGAUGGCAGAGUUUUGCCCUCUUCCCGCCUCAUGAUGUGUCAUGGAUGUGCCAGGGGUCGACACACCGCAGCCACUGUUCGGACCCCAAGUUGCCUGAAAGGGAGUGGUCGCCUGAAUCUGUGGACACACGCCCUGCCAUUUCAGCAUCUCCCACUCCACUGCAGUCCCAGUGGGGGAAGGUGGCGUAGAUCACCCAGGGAAUGGCCACGGUGGCCGGUGGACUUACCUGCCGUCAAGCUCUUUAAGAGGAACACGUUGGCAACUAAAUGCCUUUCCGCUUCUCUCGGUCAGUCCGAGCUUUUGUACAAGGUGGGGAACCCAGAGUGCCUCUGUCCUUGUGCUCCUCUAGAAAGCUCAAGAUCAGCACACCUUUCUCUGGCUCUCUCUUUGUUUACAGGUGUCCCGUUUGAGGGGUCCUCCUUGUACAUUCAGAGUUUAAAGGAACCCCAGGGGCAUCUGGCCGAAAACGCAGUCACCUCUUGUUCCUCAAAGUCAGCUGAUCAGAGGAAGAAACUGACAGGAAGAGGCACAGCGGAGGUUCUUCAGGCAACAAAGAGAUUGAGGCUCACAGCUUAUAAGGAAGUAAGAACCCUGUGUCUGUUGAUGAGGUUCUCCUUUAGAUUCCAGUACCGGUGCAGAGCCAGGAAGUCUCGCUUAGGGAGCCACAGAAAAGCCAAGCACUUGUAUCGGAUCUCCACACUCAGGGGCAAGAGGCUGCGAACCGAGGUGAUCAGAUACCUGUCCAAUCUGAGCGCGGAAUUGAAGGGAUUGACUAGAGAGGUAAAUGCUGACCAUCUGCUGAAACUGAAGGCUAAGAGUCUGACGGUGCGUGGGAGGGAUGGGGUAGGACCCGCAGAAAUGACCAUGGUGCAAGACGGCCACGUUAGCAACGUGCCUGUGGGUGGACACGGCCGUACCUCAGGGAGAAAGCGCACGCCCAAAUCGUGCGACUGCUGUGGUCACAGCUGUGGGUCCCUGUCAGAUAAGGCCCCGAGCUCAGAGAAACCUGAAAGGAGGGGUAGAAAGAAGAGGACACUGGAGACCAUGGAGGAGACCCCUCUGGAGACCACAAAGGAGACUCCUCUGGAGACGCAGUCAGCCAACAGCCCGCAGGAUGCUCAGCUCAACGGCACUGUAAGCCCGGAGGGUGAAACGGGUACUGACAUGGAAAUAGAGCAGCCAGCACCCGACUUGAUCAGCUUGAACCCACUGCGGGACCACCGUUACUGUAAGACUGAGGAUGGACAUGCAGACUCUGAAAUGGAGGACAGCAUGUCCACAAAUCCACUCACUGUGGAAGGCAGCGAUGAACAAAUACAGGACCUUAUUCACGACUUCUUGGAAUACUUUUAUGGGAAGUAUGGGAGCUUUAUUGCCCUUAGUGACAGUGAUGUACUGGAGCACCUAAAUAAUAAGUUGAACACUGACCUCUCUGACAGAAAGCUGUUUGUCUGUGCUGAAGUGACGAAGUACAGGUCUGGUCUCGCGUCUGCUCCUAUGCAUUAUUUCAAAGUGACCUACAACAAGCACACUCUCACCUUGGAUGACCUGUCCACCCUGGAGAACCAGAACUGGGUUAAUGAUCAGGUCAUAAAUAUGUAUGGAGAAUUAAUAAUGGAUGCUGUUAAUCACAAGGUCCAUUUCUUCAACAGCUUCUUUCACAGGCAGCUUGUAGCCAAAGGCUAUGAGGGCGUGAAGAGGUGGACCAAAAAGGUUGAUUUGUUCACCAAAACCCUGCUACUGAUCCCCAUCCACCUGGAGAUCCACUGGUCCUUGAUCACUGUGGAUAUUGGGAAACAGCACAUCAACUUUUAUGACUCCCAAGGCAUUGUGUUCAAACAUGCUGUUGAUAACAUCUUGCGAUACAUUUUGGCUGAAGCGAAAGAGAAGAAGCAGGCAAUGUAUCAGAAAGGCUGGAAGACCAUUGUAAAUAAGAGUAUUCCACAGCAGAAGAAUGACAGUGACUGUGGGGUCUUUGUUUUAGAAUACUGUAAGUGCCUGGCGUUAAAGGAACCGUUGCAGUUCACUCAGGAGGACAUGCCUAAAGUUCGCAAGAGGAUCUACAAGGAGCUCUGCGAAUGCAAACUUCAAGCCUGAGUUGACACGACCCAAACUGCUCCACGGAUAUGGUCCCUACGUUUGCCUCCGAGGCCGACCGCUGUCGCUUGUAUACUUUUUUGAAACCUUUUCGUAAUUGUGGAAAGUGUGACAGACAGGAUGGUCCGGUGUUUUUUGGUAGCUCGUUAAGUACGCCCCGCAAAGGAUGCCACAGAGCAACUGCUGUCCGCCAUGGCUGAAUCCUGUCCAUCCGCAGUAGCCGGAUGCUGUUGUUGGGCCUUUGGGAACACUUCCCUUGCCGGCCAAGACUCGAUUACCUCACGCUCACUUGUAGUUUGCUUGUGGCAGUUUGCGAGUUGUUUGUCACGAGCGUGUGCUUUAAGAUGACGAUGAUGUCUAUGCUGAAACGUGUGACUUGAUGACUGUGAAGCAACCAUCCAGAAGGUAGGUUUUUUUUUUAAAUUUUUUUUUAUUAAAAAAAAAAAGGAGCUAUAGUUCUUAAUCUACCAAGGCCCUAAAAAAACUUGAACUUUUUUUUAAAUAAUACAAAGUUACAGUGUAAUAUAGUUGCUAUGUAAAGUGAAGAUAACAACGGGAAGCUUUUGACUGAAUGUACUUAUAAAGUGCGCGUGCGUUUUAAGAACAGGUACAUUAUCAAGCGGAAGUCCCUUCUCAGCAUUACCCAGAGGUAGCAGGGUUUACCUGCCAAGCAAUGGACCAAGGUUGAGUCUUAAAGGUGGCAUGCCAUCGGAAUUGCUUAUUUUAACAUACAUCUUUAUUUUAAACUUUAGACAUGACGCAUUGUUUCAAUGGCACAAAUCACGUAUUUGUGAUAGAAACCUGCCUGAUUUAUCAACAGCGGGCAUUACACGCUGACUUCACUAAAAGUUCUCUUAAAUGAACGUAACGCACAACUGAACACGUCUGCGUUGGACAUUGUGUUUGAACUGUGUUGGAUGAGAGCAAUUUCCACUUCUGGUUAAUGUUCCCUGGGCAUCCUGUGUUACUAACUGGUGCUUAGCUGUUGGUUUUUAGGCUGACUGCAUUUGCUUUUCAGCUUUUUGUAAUUCUUCCUCAUCAUUACAAAGUCUGAUUUUUGUGUGUCUACUUUUAGUUGUCUGAGUUUUCAUAUCACUGCAAAAUGCACAUAAGCAGACGCAUGCAAAUAUAGAACUACGGUUGGACAUUGACAACAUUGCAUUUACAGUUAUUCAUUUAGCAGACGCUUUUCUCCAAAGCGACAUACAUUUCAUAGAAGUCAUGUCAGUCAAACUUUUUUCUACAUAGUGUAGUUUCACUGAAGAAAUGCUUUCACUGGUUACCGAUGGUGGCCUUAAUUCCCCUUUUGUCUUUUUCCAUCAGUGAAAAAUGCUUAAAUUAGAACCAUUUCAUUUAAGUUAAUCAACCUGACUUUUUUGGCAACAGCUUUAGCUACCGGCAUUGUGUGUGUGUGUAUAUAUAUAU